GUUUUACUGGGAUCGACUCAGUAUAUGAAAAACCUAGCCACCCUGAUUUGGUCAUCAAAGCUGGACAGCUGAGUGUUCAGGAUUCAGUGCAGUGUGUUGUUGGGUUGUUAAAAGACAAGGGUAUCAUUCCAGAGUCUGCAGUUGAUAGUGUAAAGGAGUUGUUUGUUUCCAAGAAUCGAGAAAGUUCGGCAAAGGAUGAAGCAGAAACACUCCCAUUUAUCAACAUUUCUAAUGUGGACUUGCAGUGGGUUCAAGUUUUGUCCGAAGGCUGGGCGACCCCCUUGAAGGGAUUUAUGAGGGAGAGAGAAUACCUACAGUGCAUGCACUUUGGCUGUCUUUUAGAUGAUGGUUUGACAAACCAGACGAUUCCCAUUGUGCUGCCUGUAUCUACAGAAGACAAGGAAAGUAUGAUUGACUCUUCAGCUAUUGCUCUGAGAUACAAGGGCAAGUGCUACGCUAUUCUGAGGCAUCCUGAAUUCUACGAACAUAGAAAAGAGGAGCGAUGCUGUAGACAGUUUGGUACAAACGAUCUUGGACAUCCCUAUAUAAAGAUGAUUUAUGAAAGUGGAGACUGGUUAGUAGGAGGGGAUCUAGAAGUGUUAGAGAGAAUCAGGUGGAACGAUGGCUUGGAUGAAUUCCGCUUUUCUCCGAUGGAACUUCGAACCAAGUUCAAAGAAAUGGAAGUGAGUACCUUGAUUUAUAUAACAGCCAACUCUGACUUAAUUUCACUAUAUUUG